GACGCAUCUGAAGUGAGGUUUUUCAUCCAAAAAGUGUUAGAACCCCGCGAUAACCCCGCAAAACCCGACCGGACGUCCCCGUAGCGGUCCACAGUGUCCUCUCCCCCAAAAACAUUCCCAAAACCGCUGAUAAUUAAUUCAUAAAGCCCCAAAACUGGCGUGCGCAAGACGCGUUACGCCGAAGAGUGUUCUUGCUGCCUAGGACCAGCCGAUCUUUACCCCGAGUGCGCGAACAGGAGUGAAAAAAAAGUGAAGACACCUCUCGGUGAAGUGCCCGGCAGCCCCCAUGGUCACCUGAUCCCAGGGGAGUUCCACAUUUAACCCCAAACGUCAUGUCCGAGGACACGAUGAAGGAAACUGCUGGAAGGAUCGAGGGCCGUGAGGAAGAGCUCGCCGAAGACGAAGAGCUGACCCCCGCGUUGCCCGACAAAUUGAGUAUCCAGCAGAUCCUCGAGGGGAUGACCAACGAGUUCAACAGGGCAGUCGCCAAGUGCAACGACGACGAGAAAAACACCGAGAAAAUCGGCAACGCCGACGGUGAGACGAACGAGGGGAGCACAUCGCUGGAGAAUGGUGAAAUGCUCGAGGAUUCAGUAUUAGAGGGAACCGAGGAGGCGAGCGAGAGCCCUGAGGAGGUUAUCAGCGACCCGAAGGAGCCACUGAGGGACGGCAACGAGGUUGGGAGGCAGGAGGCGCCGAAAAAGGAUGGCAACGUGCCGAGAAUUGUUCUGACAUUCAGAACUAUCGACGAAAACACGAAUGACGGAAAGAAGACGAAGAUUUCGAGCUGUGGGCCCAGUUUGAGUCUAGUUACUGAGGAGCUGGUGCACAGUGAUCAGAUUGGGGGGGUCUCGGUGAAGAUUGAACACUCGGACGAGGUGUCUGAAGGUGUUGACAAGUCUGAUAACGAGGAGGGGAGGGAUGGCGAUGAGGUUAAGUCUGUUGGGAUGGGGGAGGCCGAGGGGAAGGAUGGGGUUGUGGCUGGCGAGGGGGAUGAGGGUGGCAAGGGGGAUGGGGAGGAGGUGAAGGUGGCACCUGCCACCAGGAAGAGGAAGUACGCCAGCAGGCAGAAGGCGGUGAGCACUGAUUCACCAUGUCCAAAACGAUCAGCCAGACGAUCUUGCAAGGAGCAGUUCAGUGUUCUUGAGAGUGCCAUGGCCAGGAAGGAGAAGUCUUACUACACUGGGGAUAGCAAGGUGACGAAGAAAGCUGUGAAGGCCUCGGGGAGGUCCAAGAGGCUCAGUGGGGCCAAGGACAGGGGCAGGGGGGAUGCCAACGCGAGUCUUGAGUUGGGGAGCUCGGUGAAUGAGGGGAACAGUAGUUUGGAGGAGGCCAGGGAGGCCAGUCCUGGGGAUGCGGGCGAGGAGAGGGCCAGGGGGGCCGGCGAGUUCGAGGGCAUGCCCAAGCUGUCGCCGAUGGUGAAGGAGAUGGAGAAACUGGCGAAGGGGGAGCCGGGGAAGAGUGACAAACCCUUUUUGAGACCUGUCGUGGGGAAAAACAGGAGGGAUCGCGGCAGGGCCAGGAGCGCCGCUGCGGGGAGGAGGAUGGUGAAGGUUGAGGGGUUCGAGGACGGGUCGGAGGCUGCUGAGGCGGGGAAGAAUAAUGAUUAUCCAGAAGAAUCCAACGUUCCCACGAAAAGAACACGUCGCAGCAUGGCCCCAAGUCCAAGUCCAGCGGAAGGGCAAGCAUCGAAGCCAGAAUCAACGGCAAUACUCAGUGAAACCUACGAGCAAUCGAUGCUCUGCCUCUGCCAAGUUAGAUCACAGUUAUACGUAACGAUAACAGGCUCAGGCGCACCCCUGUACUGUACAGCAAUAGAUUCAAUUGAUAAUCGAUUAAUUGGAUGCUGCAACGAAGUGGACAGCAACGACGUUGCCAUGAGGCGUCCAAGUACCCGAGUACCUUUCAUAAUCCUCUGUCGUGCCCACAAAGAGCGUCUUUUGCGUCACAACUGCUGUCCAUCUUGCGGUCUAUUCUGCACACAAGGGAAAUUCACCCAGUGCAACAAUGGCCAUCAGUACCACAUCGAUUGUGAAGUAUUCGUUAAUAAGAAGCCAGUCUGUCCUCAUUGUGCCAAUGAUAGCUCAAAUAUCCAUGUUCUCGUCACCAUGUCUGGCAGCAGAAAACCCGUGUACAUACCCUCCAGGAAGAAAUUCUCGAAAUUACCUUCUGCUAAGAUGAGUCUGCCUGGCAAGGGGGACAACACAAAAUUGGCAGAACGUCCACCGAGUCCACUAGUCAGUCCUGGGGAUAUCAAAAUUCCGGAACCUACUGUUACUUCUGAGAGACCUGAACGCUACACUGUUAUGAGUCUCUAUCAGGCUGUUAAGAAUGGCGAUCUGGAGAAGUUGGUCAAUGUUCUUAGCUGUGGUUACAAUGCAAAUCACACAUUUCGUGAACACUCCCAACGAACUGGCCUCCACAUUGCUGCAGAGCGUGGCCACUUGGGCUGUGUAAACAUACUAGUGCAGGCUGGAGCGCAGCUCGACGUCAUGGAUAAAAACCAACUGACGCCCCUCAUGCUGGCAGCUACCGAGGGCAAAACCGAGAUUGUGAGGUACUUGGUACGAGUUGGGGCUGAUGUUACGUUGAAGGGAGAGGAUGGAAUGACCGCUCUUCAUCGAGCUGCCAAGUCAGGGCAUCUCGAGGCCUGUCAAAUCAUUCUUUCCGAGUGUAAAGUGCCCAAAACACUAGUAGACUCUGUGGACGACGGUGGCUGGACAAGUCUCAUCUGGGCGUGUGAAUUUUGUCACAUUGACGUAGCCCGUUUUUUAAUAGAAAAAAAAUGUGAUCCCCUGAUACGCGAUGCAGAGCAAAACAUAGCCCUCCACUGGAGUGCAUUCAGUGGUAGUUCCGAAAUAACAGAAAUGCUUUUAAACGAAGGCUGUGAUGUUAACGCUGUGAAUGUUCAUGGAGACACACCACUUCACAUUGCAGCACGACAGGAUCAGUAUGCAGUGAGUGUUUUGUUGUUGGCUAGAGGUGCUAAAGUAUCCGAAGUUAAUGCAGCUGGUGAGACAGCUGUGAAUUGCUGUACGACUGAUGGAGAUACCCUGGCAGCACUCAGACUGAAUGCAAGAGUCAAUGAAUUGUCGGAGCACAUGUGGGAGAAGACAACGAGAAUUUUGACGAAUGACAUAUCGAGGGGAAAGGAGACCAAUCCGAUACAGUGUGUCAAUGGAUUCGAUGCUGAGGACAAACCCACUGAUUUCAUUUAUGUGACUGAAAAUUGCUUUACUAGCAAUAUACAUGUUGAUAGGACAAUAACGUCGCUGCAGUCGUGCAGGUGUGAGGACAAUUGUAGCUCGGAAAAGUGUCUGUGUGGUAAUAUUAGUCUACGGUGUUGGUACGAUGAGGAGGGCAAACUUAUACCAGAGUUCAAUUAUGCAGAUCCCCCAAUGUUAUUUGAAUGCAAUCAGGCCUGUGAUUGCAACCGAAUCACCUGUAAUAAUCGUGUUGUUCAGCACGGUUUGACCCAAAGAUUCCAAUUAUUCAGAACGAAGGGAAAGGGCUGGGGUUUAAAGACCCUGAGACCCAUUCCCAAAGGUGCUUACGUCUGUGAAUACAUUGGUGAAAUUAUUUCCGACUCCGAGGCUGAUCACCGUGAGGAUGACUCGUAUCUCUUCGAUCUCGACAACAGGGAUGGUGAGACCUACUGUAUCGACGCCAGGAGAUAUGGAAAUCUAGCACGUUUCAUAAAUCAUUCCUGCGCCCCAAAUUUACUUCCCGUUCGUGUUUUUGUGGAACAUCAGGAUCUCCAUUUUCCCAGAAUAGCAUUUUUUGCUAAUCGUGAUAUUGCAGCUGACGAAGAGCUUGGAUUUGAUUAUGGAGAGAAAUUCUGGAUCAUCAAAUACAAAUCUUUCACCUGUACCUGUGGAGCUCUCAACUGCCGAUAUUCCGAGAAAACAAUUCAAGUAACACUAGAUAAUUAUAGAAAAAAAAUGCAGCAAGAGGAGAGUUUAGCUGCUCAAAUAGUUUGAAUAUUUUUCUUAUUUUCAAUUGAAUUUAAUUUCGUUGAUCUCAUGAUUGGAACGAGCACAAGAUAAUGCAAAAGAAAAUUAAAAUGAACAAAAGCCUAAUGAGUACAAAUGAUCGAGCUGAUUGAAGAGUGCUACCAAUUUGUAGCUCAAGAAAAUUUAUAACUUCGACUCUUAAUAAGCAAUUGCGAGUUUAUUUUGUACAGAUUUUUCGCCGAGCAUUUUUGCCAUUUUGUUUUAUUCUCCAGAUGCUCAGACUUCUGGAUUUUAGUGCCACGUUGAAAUUCUUAUUUUAUUAUUCGAUCGCAUAAUUAUCUAGUGAACAAAUAUGUUUAGAGUGUCCAUGAUUAAUAAUGACUCCAGUGUGUUCAGUCUCUCCACUUAUAUUUUAUUCCACAAUGAUCGCAAUGUUUGCUCAUUUUACAAUUAUCGAAAGUGUUUUGUAAAGGCAGGAGAGGGGUUAAAUAAAUCGAGAUGUACAUCGUUUUGUACAAAUCCAUUUUUGUAUAAUAUAAUAUAAAGCAAAU